AUGAAGUUUUCUUAUGCCUUAUUGGGCUUAACUGCCCUAGCAUCUGCUGCUGCUGAUUCUUUUGGUUUACGUGCAAAAGCUGCAGGCUCUGCUCUUGACAAUACACCCAUUUAUAAAGUCGACUCUCAUCCUCAUGUCUUCUCUGUUGCUGGUAAUGAGGGAGUUGAAUUGUCUCUCACCUUAUACAGUGAUGGCACAAUGACAGAUCAAACUGGUCGAGGUGUUUAUGUUGACCCAAACACCGGAGAAGUUGGUAACGUUGAUCCUUUUGGUCAACAAGCUAACUCUAAGAAUUUUGGCAUUAACAAUGGUUAUUUAACUUAUAAGGGUAGUGAAGACUUCUAUGCUUGUCCAUCAGGUCCCAACAAAUGGUCCUUAACUGUGAAGGGUGGUUGUACUGGAGGUACUCAAAUUAUGUUGCAAGUUUGUGGUGCUCCAGUUCCUCCACUGUCUACAUUCUGGUUAUCUGCUGAUGCUCCUUCCUCUCCUCUUGAUGGUAAGAAUAUUUAUAAGGUCGACUCUCAUCCUCAUGUAUUCUCUGUUGCUGGUAAUGAAGGUAGUACCUUGUAUGUUACUUUGCAAUCUGAUUCUUCCUUGGUUGACAGCACAGGACGUGGUGUUUACGUCGACCCUAACACUGGAGAAGUUGGUAACGUCGAUCCAUUCGGUCAACAAGCUGCUCUGAAGGGAUGGUCUGUUACUUCAGACAACCACUUGGCAUGGUUAGGUAGUGUUUCAUUUAAUGCUUGUCCAUCUGGUCCAAACAAGUGGUCUUUGUCUGUUAAAGGCUGUACUGGUAAUACUGGAAUUAAGCUUUCCACACAUUUUGUCACCCACAGAAAGAGAUCAGAAUGA